AUGGAGCGGAGUCCCAGCCUGGCUGGACCCUCCAUUUGCCCAGUUUUUGCUGUUCUGCUGCAGGUGGAGGCAGAGGAGCACCAGGACGUGGUGGUCUAUGACCAGAGCACGCGGGAUGUGACCGGCUUGGCUGCUGACAGCUUCCUCUCCAUCCUCCUGGGCAAGCUGGAUAGCUGUUUCCACAGUGUCUCCAUCCUCACAGGAGGCUUUGCCACCUUCUCGUCCUGCUUCCCAGGCCUCUGCGAGGGGAAGCCAGCUGCCAUCCUGCCGAUGAGCAUCUCCCAGCCAUGCUUGCCUGUGGCCAACGUCGGUCCCACGCGCAUCCUGCCGCAUCUCUACCUGGGCUCCCAAAAAGACGUCCUAAACAAGGACUUGAUGACGCAGAAUGGGAUAAGCUAUGUCCUCAACGCCAGCAACUCCUGUCCCAAGCCAGACUUCAUCUGUGAUAGUCACUUCAUGCGCAUUCCUGUCAAUGACAACUACUGUGAGAAGCUGCUUCCCUGGCUGGACAAGUCCAUCGAAUUCAUUGACAAGGCCAAGGUGUCCAGCUGCCAGGUGAUCGUGCACUGCUUGGCUGGGAUCUCCCGGUCGGCCACCAUCGCCAUCGCCUACAUCAUGAAGACCAUGGGUAUGUCAUCAGAUGAUGCUUACAGGUUCGUUAAGGACCGUCGCCCGUCCAUCUCGCCCAACUUCAACUUCCUGGGCCAGCUCCUGGAGUACGAGAGGAGCCUGAAGCUCCUCAAGGCCCUGAAGUCCAAGGGCGACCGGGGCGAGGGGGAUGCCCAGCAGGACCCCGCAGAGGCAGCUGAGGGCAGCCGGCAUCCCCCACCACCUACCUCAGAGAAGGCCGAGGAGGUGCCAAGAGGCGCUGGCUCGGCGUCCCCCAACGGUGACCCUGAGCGGCAGGGUGGGACCCCGAAGGUCCUGUCGCCCACCACCCUGCAGCAGGGGCUCAACGGCUUGCACCUCUCCUCCGAGCGCAUCCAGGACACCAACCGCCUGAAACGCUCCUUCUCCCUGGACAUCAAGUCUGCCUACUCCCCCAACCUGCGGCAGGAACCCCCUGGACCCCCCGGCCCUGGGGACACCCCAAAACUCUGCAAGCUGGACAGCCCCUCAGGCCCCGGCGGCCUCGGCUCCUUCUCCCCAGGGGCGGACAGCCCUGACCGGCCGAGCGGCCCCGACCUCCUGCUGGAGGCCAAGGUGAGGCAGCGGCGGAAGCACCGGCACCCGGCGGGCUCGCCGGCCCACGGGCUCAGCCUCAACAUCGGCGGGUCCUGCGCCUCACGCAAGAGCCCCGGUGCUGAGGACGGGCUGCCGCCGCGACUCGGCCAGCCAGCCGCCACUCCCGGUACCGCCACCGCCGCCACCACCACCACCACCGCCGCGUGGAGUGGGGUGCACCUGGAGUCCCCCGGCACGCCCUGCGGCGAGGCCGGCUGGUACUUCGGCGUGGACUCCGGCGGCACCAGCGGCAGCGGCGGGGGCCUGUUUGCCGGCGCCGGGCCGUACCCACCGCCGUUCGGCUGCGGCGGGGUGGCGGGCGGCUGCGAGAUCAGACUGAGGGACAAGGCGCGAGCCGAGCCGCGGGAUGGGCGGCACAGCUGGCACGAGGAGGCUGGCGCCGAGAAGCAGUUCAAGCGGAGGAGCUGCCAGAUGGAGUUCGAGGAGACCAUGUCCGAGGGCAGGGCCCGGGAAGAGCUGGGGAAAAUCAGCAAACAGUCCAGCUUUUCGGGCAGCAUGGAGAUCAUCGAGGUGUCCUGACACCCACCCGGGGCACCUGGCGAGCGGGGACAGGGACGGGGCGGGGGGAUAUUUAAGCUGAGGGAAGAGGGGAGGGGAGGGGGGCAUCGGGGUUGUGGGGGGAGUAUUUAUAUCCGCGUGUGCAUUUUCGGGAGCGCACGCGUUGAAACUAAAGCGAAGGCGGAUCGAGUCUUUCCAGAGUCGGGAAACAUAACGGCGGAUGCUUAGUGUCCCUCUUGCACCCACCCCGGUCCUCCCCCCACAUCCGCAGGGGGUCCCAGCCCUCGGAGACCCAUGCUUGAAACUUGGGCUUAAAAUUUGAGUGGGAAGGGGCAGGGGUCGUGAUUUGGGCUGCAGGGAUGGGGCGCAGCGCCUGUGGGGGGGACCACGGCUGCCCCUUCCCGGCACCCUGGUGCACUAAGCAUGCUCCCCGUGUUUCUCUGGCUAAGUAUCCUAAAAAUGCUGCACUGGAGCAGCCCUAUACAUAUAUAAAUAUAUAUUAUAUAUAAUAUAAAGAAAAAAAAAAACGAAAACACACACACAAAGGAAAAGGUAAAUGGUUUUACUGCGAUUUUUAUUGAGACGUAAAUAAUAUUUCAAUUUUUUUGUUUUGUUUUUAAUUUAUUGAAGCUGUUCAUUCUGGCAAUGAUUUGCAGACAAUGUGGGGCGGUACUUUCAGCUCUAUUUUUACUGUGUAUGGUAUUUAAAUCUGAAAUACGAGUUUCUAAGCAAUAUCUGAGGCCUGUGGCUCCUUCUAUAGCUCCUGUCGACAACAAAGAUUUUCCUCCCCUUCUCUCCGGGCACACCGACAAGGGGACAGGAGACUCUUCUGGGCACUUUUUCUAGAAACGAACAAGCGAACAAGCAAACCGUAAACCUUCUUACAACACAAACUGAGCCAGAAAACUCUUCUGGAAGCUGCUGCCUCUUCUUCACCCCUUGAUCUAUGUUUGCUUCCCCUCAUCCCCAUCCCAGCCAUCACCCCCAUCCCAGCCAUCGUCCCAUCCCAGCCAUUGUCCCCAUCCUGGCUGUCACCCCACCACAGCCGUGCCCCCCUCUCCUCCCUGGGCUGCCCAUCCUCGCUGGAGAGGGCGAGGAGGGAGUCACCCAAAGCGGAGGGAAGGGUGCCGGCUGCCACCUUCAGCUGCGCGGGGAGGGGGCAGGCAGCGGAGGAGGGGAGGUGGCGAUAGUUGGGGUUUCUUGUUGGGGGGUGCCUUGCCUGCCUGCCCCAGCCCCUUGGCUCCACCUCGCCUCAGCUGCCGUGCUUGGGAGCUAUGGGCACCGUUUUCCCUUUGGGGCAGUGGGUUUUCAGGUUUCCCCCAUCCUUCGCUUUGCAUUCGAGAAACUCACGGGGACUGUGCUUGCGGGUGCUGGGAUUCCUCUGGCCCUGUUCCCCUCCGGGCCGGCUCCCCUCCUUCCAGCAGGUGACAAGCCAGCUGGACUCAAAGCUCUGCAAGCACGUGGAGGGGCACAACAGACUUAUUUUCAGAGGCUGCUUCCCCCCAUCCCAAUGGGGAGCCAAGCUCUUGCCCCCAGCCCCAAUGUCAGGCUUGCUGAGGAGCUGCUUUCUGGAGCUGUAGGCAUGGAACUGCCUCCACGGCAAAGCACAUCUCUCCCUGCGGCUGUCUUUGCUUUCUCCCUCAUCUGGCACUAGUUUGCAAAGCUAAUACCUCAGGGGUCUCUGUUUGUGCAUGUCUGUGUCCCGUGUCAUCCUUGGAGUGUUGCUUUUUUCUUUUUCUGGGUCCACAUGGUUUCUUUCCCUUUCCCCUGUUCCUCCUCUUGUCGUUCGUUUCUAUCUUUAAAUCAAACUACAUGUGACAAAACCAAAUGAUCUCAGGUUUAAAACUGAACACAAAGCAGAGGCGUGAGGAGCUGCAAUUGUGCGAGGAGGGGCUGCUCGCUUCAGCUGGCUGCUUCCCCAACCACUUCUGUGUCCGCAGGCGAGGCAGGUCUCUCCGGAGGCUCCCUGCUCUCUUCAGGCUGGCUUUAGUUUUUCUGCAUUUCCAUGGGGCCAUUUGGUGAGAUGCUGGGGACACCCAUGUGCUCCUGCCUGGUUCCCUGAGACAGGGAGAGAUGGGGGUGGCUGGAGAGCCAGGGGCCACCUGUCUCUCUCCCCACAUCGCUUUUGAUGAGGGUGAGAGGGUCGGAGACCUUAUCAUCCCUCCAAAGCCCGCCGCCACCCAUCAUUGCCUCCAGCAACUGCCUCAGACCAGCUCAGUGUUGCCAACCUGAACGUUUCUCCCUCCUGGCAUUGGAAGAACACGGCGCUGUUUUCUGCGCUCCCUGUUUGGGUUCCAGUAAGCAUUUGGGUCCCCUCCGUGAGCCAGGCAGCUGCUCAGGAGCUGCGCUUGCAGCACGGUCUCCUCAGUGGGCACUGAUGUCAAAUCCAAGGACAGAGGGAAAAAGGCUUCAUCUGCCCUUCAGUAAGCCCUUGGAGCCCAGGGUUAGCGUCGCCUGCCUCCUGCCCGAGCGGCGCUGCUGGUCCCCCUUCCCCUCUUGCUGCCCUCAGUGGUGGCAUCUCCCAGGCAUGGCAGGGUCAUCGCCUGCUGACCCUUGCGCCAUAUCACUCUGUUCCUGCCCAUCCCGUAGUCCUCCAGGGCUGGCACCAGCAUGGAUCCGCUGAGCACAGGUAGGGCCAGUUGCUGGCAGGAGCUGGUUAGGUGUAGCUUUGGGUGGUGGAGAGGGGGCUAGGUGACUUCCCGAGGGGUUUAGUAAAGAGAGGAGAACACGUCGGCACAGCCAGAUGGGGAGAUGAGACGAGGCACUAGUAAGCUCUCCUGUCACUCAUCCCGUUAGCUGACAUGGUGCAUUACAAGCGCAAAAAAGCAGCUGGGUAAGUCGGGAAGGAGAGGGCAUGUGUUGUGAAUGAGGCUGAAGGUCUGCAAAGAGGCAGAUCUGUGGUUUGCUCUUUGUCGUCUUCACUCUGCCAUCGCCUGGAUGCUCCUUGGCCAUGUUUGAGGCUUUAGGCACUAUGGACACCUCUUUCCUCUGAAACCAGAGCAAAGAGAAGCUGAUUUUAAGAUCAGUAGAUCACAACUGCCAAGAGACAUUCAUGGCCCACCACCGCAGCCUUAUUUUGGUGUACUUUGCAUUCAUCCUUCCCCCUUAAGCUGGGCACGUGCACUCAAACCCUCUGAUGUGCAAUAUUCUAAGGCUAUACCCAGGAAAUACACCUUGAUGGAGCAGCCCUGCCCGAGUGUCUCCUGCUGGUGCUGACCCAAAGCCGCCAGGAUCACUGAGUGGCUGGCAAUUAAAUGACUUUUUUUUAGUCAGACUCUGUCUAAUAGACCACUUUGUCCAUGAAUCAGAGCUGUGAGUUAUCACGAGGAUGGCUGUGCAGGCUGGUAGCCCUCCCCAUCAUCUGUCAGCCAAGUCUUUUUACUGGCUCUCACAGCCAGACAACCCAACACAAAGCCUCUCUGGAACCAAAAAUCAUCUUUCCAUGCCAGUCUGGUGAGGGUGCAUGUGUUUGUAGGGAUGCACAGUGGCAGAAGUGUGAGCAGAGGAGAGGAAAGGUUGCUCCUUUCAAGGGGGCGCCCAACAAAGCUGUUGGGUGCCUGACGGUCUCGGCAGGAGCAAUGGCUGAGCUUUCCACCACACAAAGGACAGAGCAAACCACAGCUUUCCUUCAGGCUAGAAGGGACGUUGCACCCUUCCCUCCAGCCCCUGCCUGUCCUCCGGGCUGAGUCCCCUGGCCACCUCCUUCCCAGCCGCCCCCCGGGGCCCUGAGCGAAGCCGGCGGGGGGCAGCGGGCAGGUCGGCAACACUGACCAGAGGCUUGGGUUGGAGCAGGCUCGUCCCAGCCUCAGCAGCAGCACCCCCGGCCCCUGCUGCCUCCCUGGCCCUUCUCUUUGUCUGCCUGUUUCUUUGGAUGUCCAUCCCGCAACAUUUGCCCCUUAGGAGAUGAUGUCCCCCAGGACCCCCUCCUGCCGUCCCCUUCCCCCUCCCAUCCUUAAUACUAAUGAUAAUAAGCUAUCAGUGUUGUCAUUGCAAUCUAUGAAUGAUAGAUUUGAGUAUUUAUGAUUAUUAUUAUGAUUAUUAUGGUUAUGAUUCUGUACUUUUUUGCUUCUUACUCUUUGUAUGUUGCUCUUUGUUUCUCUGUUGUGAAUAAAUGCAAGGCCCCAUCACACCUUCUCUCUGCUCCCGCAGCCCGGCUGGGGCUGCGCUUGGCACGGCUCCUGCCUGUCCCAAGCCCCAGGAGGCAAACCCCUCAGAGGAGCUGGAGGGUGCUGCUUCACAAGGGUAUAAAGACCCCCAAACCCGGGGCAGAUCUGCCCUCUUAACUCUUCCCUUCCCUUCCUGCGGCUCCUCUCCCCCAUACAGGCGCUCGCUCAUGUUUGUGAGAGGCAGGAACCCACUGGCACCAAGAACGGAGGAUUAGCCGGCAAAAGCUCAAAGCUUUUGUAACAGCUUUAAGGAGCGUUGGCCAGGCAUCCAGCCCACGGAGUCUGCUCCCUCCAGGCUGUGGUGCUCUCACCUUCUGCUGGCUGCGCCUACAGGCUGCAUCUUCACCCACAGGGGCUCGCUCUGCCGCGGCAGCUGGUUUGCAAAGCUCUCCCCGCCCGGCCGAGCCGGAGCCCUGGCACCCCAUGGUGGCCCAUGCCCUGCGCUUCCGUGGCUUCAGCGUGCUCGUCGAGCCGGCGCGCUGCCCCUGCCCGGGGACAGCAUGGCCCGGGGAAGGCACGUGGCCAGCGUUAGAGCAACCUCGGUGUCAGAGCAGCAAGGAGAGAGGUGAGCGGCCUCCGGUACUGGAGGGAUUCAGGAAGGCGCUGGGAAUGGCUCUCAACAUGGGGCUGGAUACGGCCUUUAUCCAACACCUAUAAAUUGGGGUGUCGUAAGCGGACAGAGUCCGUUGCUGCUUUUUCACACCUGUCACCUGGGCUCCUUGUACAACCUGAAGGUUUCCAGAUGACUGUAAGGUGGAGGAGGAGACGUUAGGGGAAGGGAAGAGGAACCUCACCUGCGCUGCAGUACGACACUCUGCACUGCACCAGCCCCAUGAAGAGUCAUUUUAAUUUGCGGGGUUUAACACCACCCUUCUGCAAGUGGCCUGGGCAUGGUCUCUUGUCUCUGUCAUGACUUUGCUUUGCCAUGGGUUGGGGUCCUUCUCAUCAUGCUGUGCUGAACUCAUUUCUGAGGUUGCUCUGAGACCACACCAGAGAGCGGAGAGCUCAGGUCUCACCCCUCUCUCAGGGGACCCUGGCAGACCCCCGUCAGGUUCCUGGUCCAGCAUCACCCUUCCUACCUCACCUGCCUUUGGGGCAGCCAUGGACGAGGAGGGACCAGGCAGGUCCCAACCAUGCUGGAGCUGAGCCUCCGCAGCUCCUGCUCCCGUCCCUGCAGGAUCAGGCCCUUCCUCAGCAAGCACAACACGGGGAGGGGGUCUGCACCUACCCUGGUGUAUCUGGGGACUCCCAAGCAGGGAAGAGAGGCUGUGGCCACCAGCCCCACUGCGUUCCCUUCCUUGCUGCCCAUUUGGCCAGUGCUGCUGUCAGACCCGGGUAGACACCCUGCCCCUGCCUCGUCUUUAUUUAUUUAUUACUGGAGGCUGUAAACAGCAGUGCUUUUCUACCCUCUACUUUCUUUUCCUUUCUUUUGUAUUUUGGAACAACGUGUUGUAAUAAAUACCCAAAUAGGUGUUUUAACA